AUGAACGAAGAUGCUCCGAUGGAUCUCGUCGACGAUCGAUUUGCUGAUCAAUCCAUUCAAGAUGAGCCUGUUGACGACGGCGAAUCAUUCUAUAACGAGGAUGUAUAUGUAGAUUGCGAAGAAGACGAAGAUGAUGAUGUUGUACCCACCUCGGAGAAUUUCCGCCUUGAAAAUCGUUAUAAGCCGAGUCUGCACACCCCUCGGGAGCUUCCUACGAUUCGAGAGGAAAAUCGCGAAGACGUGCGCUCAAAUACAAGCUCUCGAGUGAAUACUCGUCCUCCUAGCGUGUUGAGUGAUAAAUCAAACGACAUUUCUAAUAUGUUCGGCUUUCAAGACGGAGGUCGAGCCAUAGAUCAAUACACUGACCAAUUUUACUCCGAAGGGAACAGAGCUGAACGAUUGUUUCCUGAAGCUGGCUUUCUCCAAAACUCACCAGUCAGAGAUAAACAAAAUUCCUGGGAACCAUCAGUGUGUCAUUAUGAGAAACAACCGACGCCUGAAGUGAAGAAUAACUCGCCAGGUCUUGUUUUUGCAAACAUGAGCUCGAAGAAAGAUGUUACACGGAAGCAGGAAAACGUUCGACCUGGGAAAAUGAUGCCAGAAAAAGUCAACGAUGAGAACGAACCGAAAAGUAGAAGGUUUUCUCCAGAGCGGAAUACAUUUACAACAUCACCAAUGAACUCAACAAAGUAUCUUGAAGAGAAGACAAGUACUCCUAAGCGACCAGGUGGAACGAAUCGCCUUGGAACACGAGGUCUACCAUCGUUCGAGUGCUCAACAAUUUACGAUAUCAGUCCACAGCGCACUUCUGGUACACCGAAAACUUACGAAUCUCGCCACCCGACAAACGCAUACACACCUAAUUCUGCGACUACUUCAGAUACAGUUCUUUCAAAUCGAACUAUCGGAGAUAAUACUGUUCAGAAUGUUCUUAAAGGUGUGGAUAUUAACCUUCUAACGGCGCUUGAAAACGCUCGCAAGAAACGAGAUAGGCCUCAAGUGAAACCGGAUUUCAGAUUAAAUUCGCUACCCCGGGGAAAGCUGUCUAGCACUCAGCGGCCGAAAUCAGACGAUCAUUCUUCGAUGACCUCGAUUGUUUCCUCAUCUACACAAAACAACACGGGCUAUAGAAAAAUUCAGGAGCAGCGUAACAGUGCAACGUCAACCGAUCUUACCAAUUCUAACACAUCAAACUUCACGAACAACACUAGCAGAGUUUCGACCGCCAAAAAUGAUUUCAGUCGUUCCUCUCGGCAACGAAAUGGAUUCUCCGAUUCUUCUGUGAGCACUAUCAUACCCAACAUGAACUCAAUGACGACAAGGGAUCGAGAUGGGCGAGAUUCGGUUAGCUCAGUUCGUACAAUCUCCCGCGCUUCUUCCACAAUGACCGUUGGUGGAGGUAAUGGUCAUAUGACUUCGGGAGCACCAAAACCACUGAGAUUUCAUGUCAGUAGGCUGGGAUUUGGGUAUGUACCAAUAGGAGAGACAUUGACAAUGCAAUUGGAAGUGGAGAAUACAACGGAUCGGCCGUGUAAAGUGAACGCAAGACUUGACAGUAAGAUAACAUGCUUCAAGGUUUUGGAUAAUGCGACAACGAUGAUCGAUCCAAAAAAAGCUAUAAAAGUUCGAGUAGCGUUCACACCAACAUCCCUCGGUCGUUAUUCUCUCUAUCUGAAGGCCGAAGUAGCAGAACAGAAUUUCACUCAAAAGAUUCCAGUUUGGGGGUGGGGAGGUGUAUCUAAAAUUGCUCCUAUCUCUGCCCGGAACCUACAACCUACGUCGAAUUCAUCCGAGUUCGCAAUGUUUGUCUCUGACAUGAAACGAAUUGCAUUCAAGCUAGGAAACAGUGGAGAUCGGAGUGGAUUCGCACUGUUGACAGUCUACGACUCUGCAAUGCGGCAAGUUCCAAACAGCUAUGUUCGUUUCAACCCAUCUAACGGAAUUGUCAUUGGUAAAAACUACGAAAAACUGAUUGAAAUUCGAAUCGAUCCUUCAUAUCAUGAUCAUUACGGUGAAUUAACGAAUAAUCGAACUUCUUCUGCAAUGUCGACAGUUUCUACCGCGUCUUCUAUGGCUUCUCUUCGACGACGUGUUAUUGCUGGAUCAGAUUUUUUUGUUCAAGUCGCAUGGGGUGUAGAAGGUAUAAGAGAACGACUUAGAAUGCUUGAAAUGAAGCAUAAACGACGCCAAAUGAUAGAUGGACUGGACUUCACUUCACAUCCUUUCACUGAUGAGAAAUGCGUCGUAUAUCCUCCACCGGAUGCUUAUCCAACGAUUUCAGAUGAAGAUCAUGAUCUAUUCGCUGCGUCGUACAGCAAUUUCUACAUUAACAUAUUCUCUUCGCCGGAUGGUCUCAAUGCAUUCCGUGCUGCUACCGUCAGUGCAGAUAAAUUCGAUAACGACGCCACUGUUCUCGAAACAUCUGCAUUCCGGCACCAAACUUUUGUAAAUGACGUCACGAUGGUUCCAAGACAUACGAAACUAAUGUAG